UCCACCGAAGGGGCCUGGACAGUCGCUCGGCGAUCUGCGCACAACAACUCUAAAAAAGUCCUGCGCACAAAAUAUCACCGUUCAAAAUAUUUAUCCAAGCUUUAAGGAUGAAGUAAAGUGCAUUUGACUAUAAAAAAUAAUGGUCCGUUCCCUUGAACGGAAUAAAAGUGCUCUCAAAGGAAAGUGUUACGUAAUAUUUGUCCUGCCCUAUUUGUUCGCGAUAUGAGAAACAUAGAAACGGAGUGGGUUUAAAGUUGCCAACAAAAACUGGUGAGAGUGUGUUUUAAAGAGCUGGUGUUCAAAGAGGUUGUGGAACGCGAGUGUAUCUAUUUCUACACGUACCGUAAGGGUGGUUGUGGGAGGACCGUGAAUAUGACCUAGCGCCCCAUGACUGCGGCACACCCCUCUCCUCGCCACACGCGCUCGCCAACCUGACAUACUCUCAAACACUCGUAAACCAGUAUGGUUUGGCGUUGGCUGCUGGUAUGCUGCGUGGUGCUGUGCGCGCGGCCCGCGUACCCGCAGGGCGCGCAGCAGUGCCCGGCGGCCAACACCAUGACCCCCUGCACGUGUACCGUCAAGAAGAACGGCCUGGACAUACUCUGCGAGUUUACAGAGCAGCAGCAUAUACAGAAGGCCAUGAAUACGCUUCGCUCCAAGCCAAUGAUCAUUUUCUACCUAAAGCUGAGGCACAAUAACCUGGCGAAACUUCCAUCUUACAUAUUCCUGGGCUUGGACAUCCGUCACUUGACAGUGCACAACAGUAGCUUGGCUGUCAUAGAGGACUCUUCGUUAAGUUCAAUUGGUAACAAGCUAACACAGUUGGAUGUGUCUCAGAACAGCCUCGCUACAAUACCAACAUCUUCGUUCGCGCAUCUGAACCAUCUGCUCAUCCUCAAUAUGAACCAUAAUAAGGUGACAGCAGUCCACAAUAGAGCCUUCGUAGGGCUAGAUACGCUGGAGAUCCUGACUCUAUACGAGAACAGGAUCUCUGUGGUUGACGGCGAGGCAUUUAAAGGCUUGGAGAAAAAGCUAAAGAGAUUGAACCUCGGCGGCAACGAGUUGACGGCGGUGCCGCAAAAGGCCCUCGCGCUCCUCGAGAACAUGAAAAAACUGGAAAUGCAGGAAAACCGUAUCACCUCCAUCUCCGAAGGAGAUUUCGCGGGCAUGCGAAACCUGGAUUCCCUGGGGUUGGCGCACAACCAGUUGCGUGAGGUGCCGGCUCAAGUGUUCUCUCACCUCUCGCUACUCAACUCUUUGGAGCUGGAGGGCAACCUUAUCCAGAGAAUCGACGAGAAAGCCUUCGCGGGGCUUGAAGAAAACCUGCAAUAUCUCCGCCUUGGCGACAACCGCCUGCAUGAGAUCCCGUCCGAAGCGCUGCGGCCGCUGCAUCGGCUGCGCCAUCUGGACCUGCGCUCCAACAACAUCACCUACAUCGGAGAAGAUGCCUUCACGGGCUACGGUGACUCCAUUACCUUUCUCAACUUGCAGAAGAAUAUGGUCCACCAGCUGCCGACAAUGGGCUUUGACAACCUCAACUCGUUGGAGACGUUGAACCUGCAGAACAACAAGCUUCAGCACAUCCCCGAGGAGAUCAUGGAACCAAUCCUGGAUACGCUUCGGGUUGUCGACAUUAUGGACAACCCAUUGAUUUGCGAUUGCGAGCUGGCCUGGUACGAGGCGUGGCUGGCCGGACUCCGCGACCGCGACGACGAGAUGAUGCAGAAGAAACGCACCGUCUGCACCAUGGUCAGCGAGCACCGCGAGUACAGCGUCGCCAAGAUGCCACUAGAGAAGAUGAACUGCAAGAGGAAACCUGCCUACGACCGCCCCAACAGCGCGUUCCGCUGCGGUCUCUCCGCCACCAAUAUCCUCCUAGCAAUCGCCACCAGGUGGCUGUACUAAACGUAAAUAUACACUCUUAAGUUUACCCUUUUAAGUUUCAGCCAAGGCUGUCUUCGUGCUAACUGUGGCCGGAUAGCUCGAAGUCCCCCUUCGCUUUAUACUCGGUUCGAUAUAUAGUAACGUGAUGAAUUUGUGCGAAAACUCGAUACAUAUCAAUUUGGGCUGAUAAAUUAGUAUUUUGGAGCGGUAGCUUGUGAUAGUAAAGGUUUUAAAGAGUUAAAAGUAAGUGUGAUACAGUGAGUAUUUUUACAUUUUAGAAGACCUCUUACGGCAUGCCUUACUAAUGAGUAAUGUAACAACCAAAGAGUAGUAGUAUAUUAUCGACUACAGUUCGGCAUUUUAUUAGUAUCACUGGAGACGUGGGUCAUUCUUUAUAAUAAAAAAAUGCGUCUCUCGACGCAUCGCGUUUGUGUACGGACCUUGCGUGAGCCGUUUUAUGUGAUUACAAGAGCUAUACAACUUAGGCACAAAUAUGAUUUGAAUCUUUACACAACCUUAAAAUUUGAAAUGAUAACUUCUAAUAUUUUUUAAAUUUUAUCCAUACGAUUUAAAACGUAAUCAUAAAAAUACUUAUUAGGAAAGCUUUUGCGCAUUUACGAUGUUGACUAUAAAAUAAUAUUACUGUAUUCUACUCUUAUAACCUGCGAGGCGAGUGGGGCUCGUGUAUUUUAGUUUACGAAUAAAACCAUUCCUUUUCCUAUAUUAUAUACACUUUCUGUGAUUCUUGAUUUUUUUUCUUCCACUUAUCUACCUCUUUUUGCUAUUUGGUAAAAGUAUAAAUAUUAUUUUGUUUAGAUACAAUUAUUUUCUAUAAAUCUUUAAUUUAAAGUUACAUUUAAAUUUACAAAUAGAGCCCCAAAAUGUUCUAUUUGACGUAGAAAUAGGUGUAGUUAAAUAAGUGUUAGGUAAUUCUUUUUAAGUAAACUAAUUAUACGCUGUUAAUACAAUAUGUUACAUUAUAACUUUGAUUGUUGGCCGGAGUUUCAUUUAGCAAUAUUAUACCAUCUUUAAAUAUUUUACGCGUCUCAAAAUUACUGUCCCCAAAAGGGGUCAUAUUUCUAAGUUAAAAAGAAAGUGGUUAUUCUAUAAUCUAAAUCAUAGCUCAUACUAGGAUCAUUUCAGUUAGUCACAAUCUUCUAUUUUAUAGCGUUAAAUCAAAUAAAGCUUAGGUAUAUUUGCUGUAAAAGUUUUAUCGAUAUUAGGUAGCGAGUUAUAAUAAAUGUGACUUUAAGCGUUGCCUGCAUUCCGUUAACAAAACUACUUAAAAUAUUAAUUUGCAAUAAUAUUUUAAAAUAUUUUAUUUUAUAUCUAUUUAUACGAUGAAAAAAUCAAUCGGAUAUGAAAAAAAUACUUGGCCUAAGUUUAUAGGCAAAAUUUAAAUGGUUUCAAAUGUGACUUUCUAUAAAAACAAGUCCUUAAAAUCAACCUUCGAGCUUCAUAUGAAAAUAUUCAAAAUUUUAGUGGAAAUAUAUUUUCGCCAAUUUUUGUAUAAAGAUAUUGUCAGUAAUAAAUUAAUGAACAAGGGUAAUCAAAAACUAAAAACAUAUCCAUUAGUGGUCUGAAUUAUAAAUAAGUAAAAUAAUUGAUAACUAAAAUAAAAAUAUAAGGAACAUUUUAAAAGUGAGAAUAAUCUGCGACCAAUAUUUUACUUCACCACGGACUCAAUUUCCCGCAAAUGAGUGAGUGAAGUUUUCAUGAAUGAAAAAGUAAUAACAUUUUUUCAAGCAAUAAAAAAGUACACACGACACGAUAAAAGUCGGUUUCUACCAAAUAGACAAACGGAUAAGUGAUCAUGGAUAGGUAACUAAAUAUCAAGAAUUAUAUUUACAUUCAUAAACGUUAAAUACGAAAAUAUUGAAUGAAUGCAUGACGCGAGAUUGAAUAGGCAGUCCUAUUCAAAUUGCAUUCAUUAUUAUAUUUUCUGUGCUAAACAUCUUAUUGAAGGCAAUGUUAUAUAGGAUAUAAAGUUUAAGGUAUUCAUUACAAAUAGACGUACGUAGAAAGCACUAUGUUGUUUCGUGAAAUUUAUAUUUAUUUCGAUAUUGAACGAUAAAAUUUAAAGUGUUUAAUUUUUCAGCGGUUUAUUACAUGUAUUGUUUUUUUUCUAAUGUUUUAAGAAUUAUUACAAUAAUGGAAUCAAUUGAACACAAUGUUGGCACCAAAUUCAGUUGACUGCACGUAUGAUAGAUAAAUAAAAUUAAGGUAUUCUUAUUAAUGUGAUGUAGUGAUUUGUAAGCACAAAUAUAUACUCUAUACACUUUACAAUAUUGCACCUUUAUGUCACGAUUAUAUACCUACUUAUUAAUGUUAAUAUUAAUCAGAGUCGAAAAACCUGAUAAAUUAAGAAAAACAUACAAUUUCAUACACUUAUUCAAUGUACCUACAUGUUUUUAGAUUAUAUGAAAAUUAUAUCAACUUUCUCAUAUUGUCGUCUCUCAAUAUUUAAUGUCGUGUUUUAUUCAAGUUGUUCUGUAGCUCAAAUAUAUAUUAUUAGGUAUCUAUACUAAACUGUAGAUGAUCUGAGGCAAGUUAUUAUAGGUACUUACUAUGAAAUCACUACGUAUUUAUAUGUGUAAAAGGUUAUUUAUGUAGGUACUCAUUUCAAUAUCACAAAAUGUUUACAAUAUGUAUCUACUUAUCUAUUUCAUAUUAAUAAUAAAUAUAUAAGGAAUCCCAAUUGCUACUAACGUGUAGGCAUAUACCUUUAAAAAUACCAAUGCAUUGUCGUAUUUUUAUCACCGAUGACCAUGCGCGGCAAGUGAUAAAAAGUCUACCAAGUCCCCACCGCAAUCAAGUAUAAAAAAUGCCUGACUCGUUGUUGGAAAUUGGGAUCGAUAAAUGACAAAAGAACCAGCAAAAACAUAUCAGGACGGCGGCGCAAAACAAAAUGUAGCGUCACCGGUCUAUGAUCCUACAUAUCAUUUAGAAUAAGCUACUUAGCGAAUGUAUAUCACUGUUGUAUGUUGUUGGUAUAACGUAUAUUACUGUUAAUCAUUCCUUGUUGGAAAAGCUUGAUGUAACCUGCGAUUUUUGAGUAUGAUUGUAAUAUAGUAAGUAAGAUUGGUCUUGACUCUUGAUCUGUGCUGAUUGCAGUUACAAUUACUUCAAUAUUAAGUGAAUGCAAGUAGGUAAAGAAUGUGAAAAUGUAACGGUCUAUGCAGUUUGAAUUAGCUAAUCUAAAUGUUCAGAACAUAGGUUGAAUUAGAAGAAUCCUUGAUUCUAUUACAAAUUACUCUUGCAGCGUUGAUAUUAAUACAUCUGUUAAAAAAAUGUCUGGUGAAUUAGACCAACAAUUUAUAUUUAAAUAUUCUUCCGUUACUUUUUGAAAAUUAGAAUUAAUAGUUUCUUCGGUGAAUUCGAGUAAAACACAAUUUUAUUGACAUAUAAUAUUUUAAUAUAAAUAUUUCCGUAGAUGUAGCUACAAUACUACUCUAUAGCAAGUUUUUGAAUAACGGUUGUUUGUAUGUAACCCAAAUGACAUCUAAAAUGGAAUGAGGAUGACUCCUUGUCGAUACAAACGUAGUCUUCACUUUUCUCUCGGGUACUUCGAUCAAAAUUAAACACGUAGCUAUGUUUAAUAAUUUUAAAAUAAUUUAAAAUUCUAAAAAAUUAAGCGUAGGGCAAGCGUGCGAGUAGGGGGUAUACGUAUAUCCAUUUCAAAAUAUUUGCAACAUUGUCAAGACCCAUGGAGAAAAAAAUGACUACAUUUGUAUGAAAAGCCGAAUUCGCAAAGCCCGUCCACUUUACUCGAUGGGUGAAACAAGUUUAAACGAUAUCAUUGUAGUAAAUGGUUGUAUAUGUAGAUGUUUCACGUUUCCAGCAAUAAAAAGAUUUGAUGUUUUCAAUAUUAUAUCAGUAAUAUUUUAAAUCGUAUUUGAACGUAAUUUUCUUAAAAGAUAUCUGUGUUAAGCAAGUUUAUAGUCACAUUUAUUAUUAUGUUGACUCGUAACGUAAGUAAUGUAAUUCUAUUGAUAUUUUACUCUUAAGGGUGUAUUUAUUUUAUUCGGUUAAAUAAAAAAUAAAUCGGU